UUCUGUCCAGCAGACUGAAAGGGGGAUGUAAAAGGGAGAAAUUUAACAAGGUAACCAGGAAACCGGGCAGCCAGGUGUCCAGUCAGAUGGAGCUUCAGCAGCCGUAACCUGAUUGGGUGAAGCACAUUUUUUGUCACGAAGACUCGUAAAGCUGAAGUUUGCGGAAGGUGUCAGCAGAGGCAAACUGUGAAAACGAGCUGCACAGAAUCCCAUCUUUGCAGUGGAGGUUGGAAGGUCAUCACUGGACAUAAAAAUGAGAGAAGAGGUGUCUUGCACCAACUCCCCAGAAGGAGGGCUGGGAGCCAGCGAAGAGGAGUUGGAGAGAGGAACGAAAAAGACCCUCCACCUGGUAAAUCGAAAGCGUUCCCCUUUUCCCAAGAAGGACAGUCAGGCAGAGGAAAGCAGCACCGGCAGCCCCACCAGCCUGAUUCCGGCUGGGCCGAAAAGGGUCAAGAAAAGCCCCACAACGGUUGUAUCACUGGCUCCCACCGCUUUGGGCCCCAGGCCAGAGCCGCCUUUUGAGGAACUCCACUCUCAGCGGGUUAUUGCCAAUGUGCGGGAGCGUCAACGCACUCAGUCACUGAACGAUGCCUUCGCCUCGCUACGCAAAAUCAUUCCUACACUACCGUCAGACAAGCUGAGCAAGAUCCAGAUCCUGAAGUUGGCCUCUCGCUACAUUGACUUCCUUUACCAGGUGCUGCAGAGCGACGAGAUGGACGCCAAGCUGGCCAGCUGCAACUACUUGGCCCAUGAAAGACUCAGCUACGCCUUUUCCGUCUGGAGGAUGGAGGGGGCCUGGGCCAUGUCCACCAGCCAUUAGGACCCCACUGAACUCCUCUCAUUCACUCCUCUCGUGUCCACAUCUCCACCUCCCCCCAAACCUUUGUCUGCGUUUGCACCCAUUUCCUGACCUCUGACCCUCUGAAUUCUUCCCUAAUGGUCUGAUUUUAACCUUUUCAUCUAACAUCUUUGCAUACAUCUCUCAUCCUACAUCAUCUCUUUGCUGCAUAUCGAACAACUCCCAUUAAACAUUUUACAGCUCAGUAUAUGUCGCUGCAACCUUCCAGUCCCCUUUCCUCUCCACUGGUCCCUUUUUUCUCCCCAUGUCUGUCCCACAGUUUUGUCCAGUGCAGCAAGUCUCUCCAGUCCAGCCUCUCAGAUAAAUCGACAAAUGGGAAAAUUCUCCAAACUCAAAGAAAAUCUGCCCAAAAUCAGAGAAGUCUGAAACCCCCCUGAUCACGUCUCUCCACUUCUUCACAAAGUUUCUUUGUUUGUUUGUGUUUUUUUUUUUUUUUUUUUUAUGUCUGGACAUGUGCUUAACUCAUGAGGCUACAAAGCAGCCACAUCCUCUUCACCAAGUCCUUCUGAGACUCGGUGUGGAGACGCAUCAGUCCAGUGAGCUGCGGAACAUUUUUGACUGAUGGAAAAUUAGAGAACAAACAGCUGGCCUGCAGUGACAAUGAAACAAAAAGGCUGCUGGUUCGAUUCCCCUCUGCAACAACGUGACAACCACUAUCCGUUCGACUCUUCUCGUUGGAUGACAAGCUGCCUGACAGACAUUAAGAUGAUUAAUGAUGAUGGCACCGAGGUGGUUAGAGGGAGGUCACAGCCAAUGAAUGUUUACAGCUAAAAUGCUAAUAAGCUAAUCACUCUGGCUCUGAAGGCAGGAGGAGGAAGAGCUCGGGGAGUCUGACACAGAUCGUCUGCUUUGUUGUGCUUCAGUAGCUUUUCUGUGUAUUUGGGGGUUUUUGAAAUUCAUCUUGUUUGUGAAUUAGGUAUAUGCACACUGUAUUACUUAAACUCUGCUUAUGCUUUUACUCUGCUUUUAUGAUAAACCACUGAUCACAGUUCAGCCGAUCAUGUCACUGAAUGCUGCAGGAUACUUCUGCAGUUUUAAAAGAUCUCUAAAUAUGAUUUUAGCUGAAUUAUUACAACAAAAUACAGUGAAAACGUCUUUGAAAUUGUGCCAAAGUGAAGUGAUUACAUGCGCAGAAGAGCAGAUUAACUUCCGAGUGUGUAAGUGAUUGCUCUUUGAUCAUGUUUCUUUUGUACUAAGUUUUCAUUUGCUUUUCAUCAUUUGUCUCGUGCCAUCUCCUGUGAACAAUAAAAGCUUAUUUCAUGCUACGCACAAGUGUAGUGU